AUGGAUAGGAGUUGGAUAGACGAUGCGAACCAUAUCUCGGCUCAAUAUUUGGAUGGGGUCAGGGCUUUCUUAGAUUUCGCAUUUAAAGAUCGUAGCUCUGAAUCUUGCAUCUAUUGCCCCUGUACAUCUUGCGGAAAUCGCUUAACAAAAUCUCGUAGAGAUGUCUUGCUCCAUUGUAUUCGUUAUGGAUUCGACCAAACCUACAAGGUUUGGACUUGCCACGGAGAAGGAGAGGUGAACCCUGCUGUUGCAAACGACAACAUGCCAAUGCGUUGGGAGGAGGAACUAGAACUUCUAUUGCGAGAGUGUGCAUAUACAGAGCACACCGAUCCGGGGCCCAGUGGAAAUGAACCUCAUAGGGAUGACGAAAAUGAACAUAUACAUCAUGGCAGUAAGGGGUAUAGAAAGAUGUUAGAAGAUGUAGAGAAAGAGCUCAUACCAGGGUGCAAGAAGAUGAGUAGACUCUCGUUUAUCGCACGGCUUUUGUACUUGAAGGUUUUGUGCCACUGGUCUAAUAAUUCUAUUGAUUUGCUGUUAGAGCUGUUACGGGAUGCACUUCCAGACGAUGUUGUCCUUCCGAAGAACUUCUAUGAGGCUAAUAAGCUGACCAAGGACUUGGGGUUCACAUGCAAGACUAUCCAUGCGUGCAUCAACAAUUGCAUGUUGUUUACCGGGGAAGAUGUUGACCGUGAGGUUUGUGUUGUGUGUGGGGAAAAGCGAUUUACACAGGGUAAAGAUAGAUCUCCAGUGAAGAAGUUAAGGUACUUUCCAUUAAUUCCGCGAUUGCAGCGAUGGUACGUAUCUUCCAAAACUGCAUCUUCUAUGAGAUGGCAUGCCGAAGGGCGUGUAGACGAUGGCAAGAUGCGUCAUCCAACAGAUAGUCCUGCGUGGAAGAGUUUCGAUCAUCGGUACCCGACGUUCUCUGAGGAGAUUCGCAACGUACGCCUCGGUCUGGCCACUGACGGUUUCAACCCUUUUGGGAAUAUGAGUCAACCAUCGUUCAUCCUCUCUACGAUUAUAGACGGCCCGCAUGGCCCGGGGGAUCGGAUUGAUGUCUUCCUUCAACCUUUGAUCGAUGAGCUUAAGGAGCUUUGGUAUGAUGGUGUUCGGACGUACGAUGCGAGUACUAAGGAGGAUUUCCAGAUGCGAGCUGCAUUGCUGUAG